GGUGGCACACCAUCAAAAUAGGUUGCAAACAAAAUCUGUUUUUCCGCAAAGGUGUGGUGUUUGCUUUGGACUGGACAGGCCUGUUGGGAAAAACUUCCACUGCUAUCAUUUCACCCUGGAGCAUAACAUAAAAAGGAAAAGAAAGAGCCCAGCCCACAAUCCAAAUAUAGCCAGCUCAUUUUCAGAAAGCAAUAUCCUGAAAUAUUCUAGUUCUGCGUCUCCUGCCUGGCUUCUCAGCUUGAGCUGCCAGUGCUCCCCAAAGAUCUACAUGUGGGCCUUUGGUUAAUGUGUUCUCCAUUUUCCAGGUAAAUACCUCAGCAGCGUUUUAAUAAGAUCUUAUUUCUGUGAUGGAAGCUAGCGAAGGAAUUCUAAAGGAGGAAGAAAAUGAUGGCAAUAAUCUGGGAGCUAAAACCUCAAAGGAACAUAAAACGCCACGCAAGGUUAUUUACUUUGCAAAUGGUGAAUCUAUGGAAGAGUACAGUACAGAGGAAGAAGAUGCUGAGGAGAACAAACCUGAGCCCCUUAUUAACACUGCCAACCUUUCAUGGGGUGGUUAUCUGAGAUUUUGGGCGCUUCGAAUUGCAGCAACGAGUUUUUUUACUUGUGAAUUUCUUGGUGGGAAGUUUGCCGCACUAUUUGGGCUCACUCAAGCCAAAUAUCAAUACGCAAUAGAUGAAUACUACAGGACACAGAAAAAGGAAAGUGAAAGUGAUGAAGACGGAGAAGAGAUGCCAGAAACAGAGGCAGCAUUUCCACCAAAUGAAAAAGAGCAUUUACGGAUGCAGAGCCUAAGAUAUGGCUCUAUUCAUUGCAGAGAGAUGUCUGCAUCUUCUCAGGAAACUACUGUUGUUAAUGAACUCCAAAAAGAUAGCCUGCCAGGUUUUAAAUGAACUCUAGCCACUGGAAAACAAAGGCAGCAUCGUGGAGUCACCCCGUCUGGCAAGUUCAAAAUGUGUCCUAAAAAAGGACAAACUAUUAGCCAUGAAAGAAAUGGCACGGAAAGAACUGGGGACAGACAAAAUUACCUCUUCUGCUUUUUUAAUUAUCUUGGGAGUUUGUGAAGAUAUGGAGAAUAUAAAUGUGAAAUGGUUUCAAUAAAAACAUACAUGCACCCAACCUCUAUCACUGGAAUGGGAUGCUGAAGUUAUUGAUUCAUAUGAAGAGAAUACAGUACAUAGAAUGAUUUUCUU